UUUAAAGUUUAUGUAGAUUGUUCAAAGCAGCAGUGGCCACCAGAGGGAGCCAAAGCUCCUUAUGCUAAACAGAAUAUUUAUCAGCUAACUGGGUCAUAUUAUCAUCAUAUUUAACAUGAGCAAGUCAAUGUUACCAGUCUAGCCUUCACUAUAGAAAUCAAUAGGCAGAGUCACAUUUUUCUUUGGCUUUUCAUUUUGUCAUCCAGUCUUUCUAAAUCUGUGGCCAGUGUGCCUUUAUGCGACCACCCAUGAUUUCUGCCAACACAUCUCAUUUCCUUGCUAAACCUGGCAGGUGGAUGAGAUAGACCAUUAUUAUAUUAUCCGAGAGGAAAACUUCCCUGAUUAUGUGGGCUUACAAGAAGAUCAAGACAUAAUCCUGUCAAACACAGGCCACUGUAUUCCUCAACAAAGGAAAGGUCUUUAGGUAAGAAAGAAAAAAUGUUUUACUUACUUAUUCCUGUAGCAAAACAUAUAUUUUAACAUUAUAUCAUUAUUAUUUUACUGUCAUAGAUCUAUACGUUUAGCAGGCAGCCAUUAGCUCCUCAGUGGGUCUACUAUACCUGACAGUAGUACAACAUUAGCUUUUGGAUAUGCUCAAAGAAUUAUGAAUCAGAGAAUAAGUAGAGUAACAAGUGAAGAUUGAAAAAAAUAUUUGGAAAAGAGACAGGCAAGAGACUGUAACUUUUGAAAGUGUGUGGUGAUGAAAGAUGAACUAAUGUAGCCUACAAUAAAGCCCUCUUAAGUCUAUCUUUAUUUAUCGUUUGUAAAGUUGGCGUUCAAAAGUGUUGAACUCGCUUGCUCAGGAAGGGUUUAUUUUGAAAAUCUUUUCCGGAUGCUUUGUGUUAUUUCUUAGUAACUUGACACCGGUGUGCUCGACUUGAGCGAUGAGAAAAGACUUGUGAGUCCCGCCGGGCACCAGUGGAUCCUCUCCGGACGCAGUGUGGAGCAGCAGCCAGGAUGAUCCCAGUGGGUGAAUUCAGAAACCUCGCCACAGAGCAGAACUCAAAGUUGCGCAUCCUUAAACCGUGGUGGGAUGUUUUCUCAGAGUACCUGUGCGUUGCUAUGCUUAUGAUUGGAGUCUUUGGGUGUACGUUGCAGCUCACCCAAGACAAGAUUUCUUGCCUGCCCAGCCCCUUCACCAGCCCCACGCCUGAAGCUAUCGACUGUAGCCACAUCCGAACCUACAGGGAUAACGAGACAUCACAGCACACAAUGGCCAAACCUGUGAAUGCCAUCAUCUGGGAGGUGUUUGGGCGCAAGAAUGGCUUGGACAUCCAUCAGUACGUGUUUGUUAACCACUAUUGCUAUGAGAGAUUUGUCCACUGGUAUGCAAAGUUCUUCCCGUACCUCGUCUUGAUCCACACAAUGAUCUUCAUGGUAGCGAGCAGCUUCUGGUUCAAGUUCCCCGGGACUUCUUCUAAAAUUGACCUUUUUGUCACUAUCCUUGUGAAGUGCUUUGAUUCACCCUGGACCACAAGGGCCCUGAGUGAGGUGUCUGAAGAAAGAGGGGAGGAAAAGCUGGUCAGUUGGAGGAGAAACACCAUGUCAAAAGAUACUGCGGAUCGACAAGCUAAUGAUGAGGAGACCGUGGUGCUUCUUCGCUCCUCGUCUGUAAAGUCUAAUCCAGAAAAGAAAAAUCCAGAGCCUCAAUCAACCGCCUCCGUAUUGGAUAAGAAAGAAGGAGAGCAGGCCAAAGCUCUGUUUGAAAAGGUGAAGAAGUUCAGAACUCAUGUAGAGGAAGCAGACCUCUUGUAUCUCAUGUAUGUGCUACAAACAUCACUGAAAGUUUUCAAGUUCCUUUUAAUCAUUAUCUACACUGCGGUGCUCGUACCGAACAUAGAGAUUGUAGUCCGCUGCUAUGUUCCUCCUGAGCUGACUGGUUUUGAUAUCUUUUGCUGUAACAACAACAAAGCCAAUCUUUUUUCCAAACUUGCCUACUGCUACAUCUGCUUUGUGGGAGUGUAUGGACUUCUGUGCAUCUACUCCCUUUACUGGCUCUUUCAUAGACCUCUGAAGGAGUACUCUUUUGAGCAUGUCAGACUGGAGACUGGUAUCAAUGACAUACCAGACGUGAACAAUGACUUUGCGUUCCUCCUGCACUUGGUCGACCAAUACGAUGCCCUUUACUCUAAAAGAUUUGCUGUGUUUCUCUCUGAGGUCAGUGAGAACCAUCUCCACCAGCUCAAUCUCAACUAUGAGUGGACUGCCAAAAAGCUGCGUGAACGUCUUGCCAGGAAUACCAGUAACCGGUUGGAACUCCACCUGUUAAUGUUGCCGGGGCUCCCUGACACAGUCUUUGACAUUCCUGAAGUGGAAUCACUCAAACUGGAGCAAGUAAAAAAUGUCACCAUCCCAGCUAGUGUGGCAAGGCUAGACUCUCUUCAGGAGUUAUCACUCAUCUACUGCCCUGCAAAGCUCCAGCUACCUGCUUUGAACCACCUCAAGGAACAUUUAAAGGUUCUCCGUCUAGCUUUUGAAAAUUUAGAAGAGGUGCCUUUGUGGAUGUACACCCUGCAGGGCCUUGAGGAGUUACAUCUGAAUGGUCCCUUAACCAAUGAGAUGUCCAGAAGUGCCACUCUGGAAUCCCUUCGAGAACUUAGAGCUCUGAGAGUCCUCACUCUCCGCUCCAACCUGACUAAGAUCCCACCCAGCGUAGUGGAUGUUGCGUUGCAGCUGCAGCGGUUGUGCAUCUAUAAUGAAGAUGUUAAGCUCCAAGCUUUCAGCAGCCUGAAGAAGUUAACCAACAUAGUCUCACUGGAGUUAGUAGGCUGCGAGUUGGAGCGCAUCCCCAGUGCCGUCUUCAGCCUGAACAAUAUGCAGGAGUUGGACCUGAAGGAAAACAGACUCACCACUGUGGAGGAGAUUCUUAGCUUACAGCACUGCCGGCGUUUAACGACGCUGCGACUGUGGCACAACAAAAUCACUUACAUUCCUGAUCAUAUCAGUAAGCUGCACUCCCUCGAGAUGCUGGACGUUAGCUGGAACAAGCUACGAAAACUUCCCUCUCGGCUAUUUUACUGCACCAAACUGCGACACCUUGAUGUCUCCCACAACCAGCUCACCUCUCUUCCUUCUGAGGUGGGCAUCCUGCAGGGCCUGCAGUUCUUCUCUGCUGCUUUCAACUCUUUGGAGACACUGCCAGAGGAGUUGUUCAGCUGUAAAAGACUAAAGACGCUGGCUCUCGGAAACAACAGCCUGUCGUCUCUUAGCUCCAGAGUAGCCAACCUGGCCCAGCUGGUCCGCCUGGAGAUUAAAGGGAACCGUCUGGAGUCUCUUCCUCCGGAGAUAGGGGACUGUCCCAUGCUCAGUGGACUGAUAGCAGAAGACAAUGUGCUGGAUCUGCUGCCCUCAGAUGUGCGAAGCAGGUUGACUAAAGGCUGAGUCUGUAGAUUUACAGGAUGUCACUGACUUUUUUUCUCAGUGUAGCAUGGUGCUCAAUGGUGGUCUGGUUUGCUUGAAGAGAAAACUUAGUAUUAAAAGAGAAUAACAUCGUGCCACUGGGUGAGAUUUUAUAUAUAAAACAGGACAAAGAGGGAAACUAUAAGAGACUAGAAAAGGAUGAGCAAACACUAAAACUUAUUUAUAAAUUGAUCAUUGUUAGGUGUGUGUUCAGAUCUGUGUCAGUGAGUACAAAAUCAAUUUGCACAGUUUCAUAUGUUUUGUAAAAUGCAUUUUCUUAAACAUACUUUUUAAAAUAAAUAUUUUGCCAACUUUAUAGGUGUCUGGCAAACAUCUAUGUGCAUUUAUUUGAAAAUUUGUUUGUAUUUAGCCGUUUUUACUGGUGUCAGUCACGCUGUAAUGUAAAGUUUAACAAGAAAUAUAAAUUCGGGGUCAGAUUACUGUAACGUAGAUGAGAUAAGGCUUGGCCUUCAAAAUUUUCUGGACCACCAUUUUCACUCAGACUUAGUAUUGUGUUUGUUGAAUAUUUUAUGGACUUUUCAGAGUACAAGUCGAGGCUGUCCUGUUGGACAGGUUUUUACAACAUGGAUGAGUGUUUUCCUCAGUGCGCUGGCUCAUGUUGCUCUCUUUCAGACACUAAACAAGUGGAGGGAGAGAAAGCUUUUCAGUAGCAGAAUAAAAGGUAUUCAUCUCCCUGCUUAUGUAUUCACUCAAAUGAAGAAAAGACUGAUAUCAUAUAUGGGGAGGGGGGACAGAUAAAAUUCAAGCUUGAUAUUCAGUGUGAAUAACAGGAUACAACAAUUAUGCUUUGACAGGGAGAGAGUGUCUUUAAAAUGCCUUUUGGGUGAGCGAUGUAUGAAGUGUGGUGACUGUGACUGUGUGCCUGUGAUGUUGGGUGAUAUGUUUUACAAACCCACAGUCUUUCAACACAUUAUGUAUGAAGUAAUGGCUUCCCUAGGAUUUAAAGAUUGCUUUUCUUUUUCUUUUCUUCCCUGUCUUUAGUACAUUUGAACUCUUAUUGUAAAAUAUAACUAAAUCACAAGAUGUGAUAUUCAGAUAUUUGGAAUUGGAGUAGUAAGAUAUGAAACUACCUAAAAAUAUCUUUAUUUGACUGCAGAUGCAUUUUGAGUGCCUUUUGAACACACUCAAAUGAGCAAGUAAAAAGACUUUUUGUAUGUGCUUUUCUUUUAGGUGUUGAGGCGAUUUAAAUUGGUUUCACUUUACUUGGAAAUUCUUUCUUUCUUCUAUAAAUGCACACCUUUUAUCUUUCUUUCUUUCCUCCCACAUUCCCACCAAUCUGAAACUCAGAAAUGCAGAGACUUUUAAGACUCAGCCGGGGCCUCCACUGAACAGUCAUGUCCCGGCUUGUGUGACUACAGACAUGCCUCAGUAAUACUGGCUCAUACACUGACCUGCCCAUGCUAGUACACAACUCCAGGACUGUGAGAAAAGCUUUCUUCUCAAAUAUUUUGUUAUUUGAAUGGAUUUGAGCAGACCGUAGCACUGAAAGCUGUUUGAAAAAGAAAGAGAGAGACAGAAGCUCUGCUGUAGAAAUAGUAUGCAUCAUGUCAUUUACCUUUUCCUUUUCCUCUCUGAAUAUGGCAGUCAAGUGUAUCACCAGCAGUAACCGAUACCGAUUUGAUUGCCCCACUGUGACUAAGACUCGGCUGAAAAUGAAUGUUAUGUUUCUAAGAGGUUUGCCUCGAGUUGUUAGGGGCGGUAUUUCAGUUAGACGUACUGAUAUGAGCGGGAAAUGCUGCAGCUUGUGGUGCACAGCGUUAGGCAUGGAUAUGAUGACGCAGUGUUUACAUUUGAGUAGGAUGAUCAGAUUGAGAAGUUUCUGCAUGCCAUGUGAAUUCCUGUUCUUCCCAAAAUGUCAGUAUGUACGGUAGUUCCUGCAGACUGAUUCCCUCAAUGAGUUGAAAUGAAGUGUGAAGCAUGAUGAAGUGGAGACAGUUUGUAUGGUAACAGAGCAUAUUUUGGUGCCUGAUGAUGUUUGAAGUGAUGAAACAACUUAUUGGUAUCAAAGUUCAUAAUUCAUGGAACUUUUGAGUGUUUUGCCUGUCUUGGUUGAUGUGACACCUUAUUUUAAACCCAUGCAGAGGAAAUCUAUGCACCUAAAAGGAUUUUAAUUUUUAUUAAGUUAAUCUGAGUACAAUAUCACUGUAAUAAUUUCUUCUGUCCAUAUGGGCUAUGGAGUGAGGCUCGGUAAUUUCAGACUAAAAAGAUUAUUUAUUUGACUUAAAAAAACAAACUUCAAAAUGCAUUUUUUAGUAGAAUGAGGACUGUAGUUUUGAGAGAAAGUUUUUAGAGUUUAUUUCCAAUUUAUCAGGGUGUAGUUGUAACAGGAAGGUUUCACUUCUCAGCCAGUAUGGACAGGAAGAACAGUUACAGUAAUCACUGACAGUGUACAUAAGGCCAUUAGAGUGUGGUAUUCAGACAGAAAUGUGAGCCAAAAUGAGAAUGAUUUUUACUGUAAGGAAAAACUGAAAUUUUUCAAAUUUGAUCACCUGGAACCACCAGACCUUAUUGCUUGAAAGAUGAGUUGCCAGUCAAUUUUCUACCUAUCAACCGAGGUAAAGAACAUCCUUGUACAAGAAAGGUCUAAGAUGCUGAACAUCCUCUCUUCAAGUCUGGUUGGCGGCCUGUUGCUUGUCAGCCCUCAUUUCUCUCUCACUUCCAUUUCUGUCAGCUGUGUGUUGUCUACUGUCAAAACACCCAAUACGAGGAGUAAACUGUCACUGCUUUUAAUGCGCUGUGUUAAGCACUUCAUUCCUUUGUCAUAUUUUAUGUCUCACACAAAAGUUCCCAUCAGAUACUUGACCUGCACCUUAUACCUUAUUCUCCCUCAGUGUUGUUAACACCACGUACCCCCCCCCCCCCCCCCCUCCCCGUCUGUGUAUGUGACUGAGGAAGUAGGCAGAUCCUCCUUCUUCAUGCAAACUUGCCGCUGCAGCCGUAUCUCUACCGGUUUGCAGAACAAAAGAACCACAGCAGUAUUUAUACAGCACAGGGAGUAUUUGCACAUCCACCCCAACACACCCACACAUGUGCUCAGUGAAGUGAGGGGGCUCUACCUAGUGGCUGGAGGCAGCUCUGUCUCAGGCAUGCUGUGCUCACAUGUCUACAGCUGUUUCGCGACUGAUUUGGUUGUUUGCUGUGAAAAUAUGUUUAAAUAUUAUUUGCAGUUGUCUUAAUUACACAAGAUGAGGGAGUGGUAGCACAAAAAACAGACUCGUGUCUAUAUAUAUAUGGGUGGGGAAGGUAAACAACUUUUUUUUAUUUUCUUUUUUUCUCAACAACAGCUGCUGAAAUACCCUUGGUGGUGGUGGUGGUUCAGCAGAGUUGUUCACUGCCCUAUAGUCAGAUACUCUGGUUAUUCUACAGCUCCCGGUUGGUGUCUGUGUGUGGGACAGUGUGAAAGUGAGACAGGAAGGUGAAAACAACACACAACUGCAGACUGCAGUCUAAUAAAUGCAGGUAAGUAUUUGAAGCUCUCACAAGAAAAAGUCCUGCAUUCAAAUUUUUACUUGAAUAAAAGUGCAGAAUUAUUAUUAUCAUUAUUAUUAUUAUUAUUCAUGUAUAUGCAGCAUUUUAUUGUUUCAGCUGCUUUAGGUGGAGCCAAUUUGAACCACUUUGUAUUUUGCAGAGUACUUUAAUGUGUAACAAACAAUAAUUUAAACUGGUUAUAUAGUUUGUAUGUCAAGUAACAUCAGAAGUAUCACUAAUAUAGCAGGCAAUUACAUGUAGUGGAGUAAAAAGUUCAAGAUUUCCUUUUAAAAUUGAGUCAAAGUUAAGUAAUAGAAAGCGGAAAUACUCACAUUAAGUACAAGUUACCUUCUGCCACCGUUUAAUUAACAUUAAAGUUUCUGUGAUUUCUCUGUCAAA